AUGAUUAAGCGGCAAAUUGCGUCCGCCAGUAGACGUGUGUGCCAGCCACGGUUGUUCAGCAGUUUCAGAACCGUCCUACAGACGGCCAAGCCUGUUGAGGCUGCUCCGAAAAAGCCUGCAAAGAAGGCUGGAUUUUUCGCUUAUACUUUGUACGGGCUUGUUGCCGCAGCACUAGGGGAGACUGCGUACCUGACGUAUGCCGUUUACAAGGAGACCAACCCGGGCAGUCAAUUGCCUCAGUCGACUUUGAAAGAGAACGGCAACAAGAAGAAAAACGUUGUUAUUCUUGGUUCUGGGUGGGGGGCCAUCUCGUACCUCCACAGUCUGGACACUACCCAGUACAACGUGACGAUUGUUUCUCCUAGAAACUAUUUCCUGUUUACUCCUCUUCUUCCGUCUGUUCCUACUUCGACCGUUGGAUCCCAGUCGAUCUGCGACCCCGUUAGGGCAAUUGCCCGUCAAACUCCGGGAGAGGUGACAUAUCUCGAGGCUGCUGCGACAGACGUUGAUCCAGUCAACAACACUGUCCAUGUUGUUCACAAGAACAUGUCGUUCACGCUCGGCGAGGCCUUUGUCAACAACGACGAGCCAAUCGAGACGACUUUGAACUACGAUUACCUGAUUUAUGCGGUUGGGGCUAAAGUGAACACUUUUGGUAUCCCGGGAAUCCCAGAGUACGCUUCGUAUUUGAAAGAAGCUCACGAUGCCACUGCUGUUAGACAGAAGCUGUUCAACGCUAUUGAGGCUUCCAGACUGCUGCCUAAGGACUCUGAUGAGCGGAAACGGUUGCUGACCUUUGUUGUUUGUGGAGGAGGCCCUACCGGUGUGGAGCUGGCCGCCGAAGUUAAGGAUUACAUUGACCAGGACCUGCACAAGUUCAUUCCUGACAUCGAGAAGGAAAUGAAGGUUGUUCUUGUUGAAGCUCUUCCAAACGUUUUGAACAUGUUCCCGCAGAAAUUAAUUGAAUAUACCAAGGAGGUGUUCAACAACCAAGGUGUUGAGCUCAGGACUAACACCAUGGUGAAGAAAGUGGACCCUAAGAACGUGUAUGCCUCUGUGAAGCGUGCCGACGGCACUUCUGAGGACGUGGUGAUUCCGUACGGAACUCUUGUUUGGGCUGGAGGUAACGCUCAAAGACAGUUGACCAGAUCGCUUGCCGAUAAGAUCACCGAGCAAAAGACCGCCAGAAGAGGACUUCUUGUGGACGAGAACUUGAAGCUGGACGGUGCCUCGAACAUCUACGCUUUGGGAGAUUGCACUUUCACCACGAACGCUCCAACUGCCCAGGUUGCUCACCAACAGGGAGAGUACUUGGCUGACUACUUCAACAAGCUGGCCAAGCUCGACGACUUGGAGUACCUUUCCUCUCUGGAGGUGAACCCGGAGUCUGUGCAGAAGCUGGCCAGACGGAUCGAGAGACAAAAGGCCUCGUUGAAGCCGUUUGUGUACAAGCACCAGGGUGCCAUGGCGUACGUUGGAUCCGAGAGAGCCAUUGCCGACCUUUCGUGGGGCUCGUGGUCCACGCUUGCUCUUGGAGGAAGUCUGACCUUCUUCUUCUGGAGAACUGCCUACGUGUCGAUGAUUCUGGGCGUCAGAAGCAAGAUCCUUGUGGUGAGCGACUGGAUCAAGGUGGCUCUGUUUGGCCGCGACUGCUCCAAAGAUUAG